AUGCCACUCCAUCUCGACAAGAUCCCGACGCUGCGCGAGCUGUACACCCGAGGCGUCCUCAAGCCCGCAAAGGUUGCUCCCAGGCACGCCCCGCGCGCUGCCCUCUUGGACCGGGUGUCGCUGUUCCAAGGGGACAUUACGACACUCGACAUUGACUGCAUUGUCAACGCCGCGAACCGCUCCCUUCUCGGCGGAGGCGGAGUCGAUGGUGCUAUCCACGCCGCCGCUGGCCCGUCGCUGCUCGAAGAAUGUCGAAAAUUGAACGGAUGUGAGACUGGGGACGCGAAGAUCACCGGAGGACAUGAUCUCCCUGCACGCCACAUCAUUCAUACCGUGGGGCCCAUUUACUCGUCCUACAAGAAGGAAGAGAAAGCAGAACAGCUCGCCUCUUGUUACAAGACAAGCCUGCAGCUGGUGGUCGCCAGCUCGCUGAAACACGUUGCUUUCCCGUCCGUUUCAACCGGCAUUUAUGGGUAUCCCAUUAAAGACGCCACUCAUAUCGCAUUGAACGUUGCGAGAGGAUAUUUGGACACACCUGAAGGUGACAAGCUCGACAGGACCAUAUUUGUCGUCUGGAGUGACGCAGAUAAGCUCGUGUACGAGUCUCUGCUUCCUCACUACUUCCCGUCUGAGGACGAAGGAGACACUGUCUAG